AUCAUCCACACAAACAGAAACAAGUUGAAGCGGAAGCCAAGGCGGUCACACUCCCCUCUCACCUGCAAACGUGAUUGUGUCUCUGUAUCAGUGGGUGUGUGUUUAUGUUUGCGUGUGGGCGUGGGUCAUGUCCGACAACACAGUCGUGGAUUUGCUGACUCCACUUUCUUGGAUUUCAUGACAGUCCUCCAAGCCCCACUCCAGAUAAGUCCAGAGAGGAGACCCGCGUGUCUCAGUCCCACUCACCUUUAAAACACACAACUAGUGACAGCAGACAUCUGCUCACACCUCACCGAGGAACACCUCACAGACAGGAGACAUCUGCUCACACCUCACCGAGGAACAUCUCACCGCUGCCUCCCGUUCCUGCUCCAUGGGACAGGUGUUUUCACGCAGCAGCGGUUCCUGACUUUCCCACCAGUCUUUGCGACACUUUUGCUCCGGCGUGAGAUCGUUCAUUCACAGAAGACUAUCCUCGAGUUUGAACCAAUUCAUCGACCGCAACCAGAAGAACCAUGGACAACAGCUCUGGAGGCGGAGGAGUCAUCCUGUACGCAGGAUCCUCGGGCAGCUCCAGCCCCAGCCCCGGCAGCCCCUCCAGUGGGUACCAGACCCAGUCGCCUUCUUCCCACUCUCAGCCCUCAUCUCCGGAGGAGGUUACCUUCACAGAGAUUGGCCCGUUGAAACAGAGGACAGCUGGGUGUGCCACUCCGUCCUCCAAACUGGUUUUCCAGUUCCCAGAAGUCUACAAUGGAGCCACAGUAGCGGCCGCUCCACAGAACACCUUUACGCAUCCCAUUGCAGGAAAGCGGCCUUGUGGCAUUCCAGGAACUUUUACCAAAACAGGAGGAAUGGUCCUGCUUUGUAAAGUGUGUGGGGACAUUGCAUCUGGUUUCCACUACGGUGUGCACGCAUGUGAGGGUUGCAAGGGUUUCUUCCGCCGCAGCAUCCAGCAGAACAUCAACUACAAGAUGUGCGUGAAAAAUGAGAACUGUCUCAUCAUGCGCAUGAACCGCAAUCGGUGCCAGCAUUGCCGUUUUAAGAAAUGCCUCUCAGUCGGCAUGUCAAGAGAUGCCGUUCGUUUUGGCCGCAUCCCAAAGAGGGAGAAGCAGCGACUUCUGGAUGAGAUGCAGAGCUACAUGAACAGCCUGAAUGAGUCCAGCGCUGUGGACGCGGAGUCGUCUUCAGUGAGAGACGCUCUCCCCAGCCCCGAUGAGGGGAAUUCAAAAGAGGCGAUUGGUGCCAUCUCCAGAGCUUACCGUGACAUCUUCACCAGCAGCACCAGUGGCCAGGAGAGGGCAGCCAAGAGAGCUAACAUCACAACCACCACCAACAGCAACACCAACACCACAUCCCUCUUUUCUCAGGAUCCAAUUUUCUCCCAAGUCUCUUCUCACCCAAAUACCACCCAGGCAUAUCAGUCCUGCCCUGUUGCCCCUUCCCCUCUAUGCCCAGUCAGCCCUAAUGACAACCAGCCUGCAUUUCACAAUGUGGACAACAACCGCUACACCUAUUUUGUGUCAGCAAACCAGAUGCAUGAGCAGUCCAACAGAACAGCAGCUGAGUGUGCCAAUAACAACGCCUGGAAUGCAGGAAGUGCCACAAAUCAGCCAGCGUGUCCAUGGAAGUUAGCUCCAGGAGCAAAAGUUCUGGCGUGUCCUCUGAAUGCUUGCCCUGUGUCAGGUCCAGAGCGUUCCAGUCAGGAGAUUUGGGAAUCCUUCUCCCAGUGCUUCACCCCUGCUGUCAAAGAGGUUGUGGAGUUUGCAAAGGGCAUCCCAGGAUUUCAACAGCUCAGUCAACAAGACCAGGUCAUGCUGCUCAAGUCUGGAACUUUCCAGGUCCUGAUGGUGAGGUUCUGCACCUUGUUCAACUUUGAGGAGCGAACGGUGACCUUCCUGAAUGGACAAACCUACCCACUGCCUACGCUGCAUGUGUUGGGCAUGGGCUCCCUGCUGGAAGCUAUGUUUGAGUUCAGUGAGAAGCUGGGCUCACUGGGACUGGAGCCAGAUGAAAUGGCUCUGUUCAUGGCUGUGGUGCUGGUCUCUGCAGACCGUUCUGGCAUCUCGGACACGUGGGCUGUAGAGCAGCUCCAGGAGGGCCUGAUUCGCGCCCUACGAUCGCUGAUCACCCGACGUCGCCCCGACGACACCACCCUCUUCCCAAAACUCUUGCUGCGCCUGCCGGACCUGCGCACCCUGAAUAAUCUACACUCUGACAAACUGUUGGCCUUCCGCAUUGACCCUUGAUCAGAUCACAUGUUCAAGGACAACACACAGAACUUUUCCACACAAUCAAGUCACAACACAUUCACACAUGAAUACAUGAUACCAAUCAAGGACAUGGUUUUGAGCAAUGUAAAGCAAGGUGGUAAAAAAAUACAGAGCUCCAUCUUGUGGGGUGGUGAGGAGUUGCACCGUCAGUUGAGGGACGUGUACAUCUAAUCCUAACCCUGUCAUUUCUUACACACUGCCAUUUCUGAAGGCUCAACAGGGCACCGUCAUUUUUGUAGUUUUUGAAACCAGACAACUUCUAGGCAAUCAUUAAAACUGCUAACCUCACUCUUAGAUACAUCUAUUUCAGCUCUGAUAUUAUAAUGCAAUGUUAAAUCAAUUGCUGUUGGACCAUCAGAGUGGGUAUGAGAAUGGUUGGAGGGAAAACAAUGACUGACUCUUUAGCCAGUGUGCUGGCCAAUAGUGGUAUUGCAACCAAAAUAAAGCUGAAUUUCUUAGUGACUUUGGGGGAGAGGUCCAUGUACUCUACACAAACACACAAAGACAGACUAGCACAGCACAGCAUUUGGUCUCCAGAAAGCCUGUAAAACCCCAGCCCUCUGGUGGUUUAGGAAAGUAUUGUGCUGUCUGUUGACUGGCAGUGACACACCAAAAAAAAAAUUCCCAAACCCUCACCAACCAACAAAGCAAACAGAGUUAGCAGACCUGGCCCCCUUUUGGAGAGGUUGGGUAAUGCUCUGCUAGGAUGCACACAGAGACAGUAAAUGGCUGAUCACAAUACCUCAGUAAAAACAGAGACUCUUGCAGUUUGACUAGAACAGAUAGAUGAGGACUUCUAACUUCCAAGCAGUGUUUUGUACAGCUAAGUUCUUGUGAAUAUGCAAUAACCUUAAAACCUCUUAAGAAACAAUGUUCCAUUAAAACAACAAGUAAUUGUGUAGAGUUGCUUUCGCUUGCGGAAAAAUGACCUGCGCAUUCGCUCGUUAAAUCCGCUGUACUUGAUAAUAAAACGAAUGAAUCAUUUUUAAUUCUUUAAGCUGUACAGUUUCAACAGGCCAUCAUGACGCAGAAAUCCAAUGACUCAUAUUGUAUUAUUAGACAGUUAAUUGCUGUGGGACCAUUAGUGAUAAUUGACCAUUCACUCAUUCACUGACCACACAGUUUGUCUUUAGGAGAAAGGGAAUCUGUACAUAAAAUAUAGCGAAAUAUAAAACUUUAAGAUAGUCAUACAUCAAAAACAUGUAUUCUGCGUUAGGGUUCGAUCCAAACGGCUGUUUUAGUGUGAACUUUGAGACACGUUCUCACACCAUGUCUUACUCUUUCUGACUGAUCUUCCGAAUAAGGUUGGAGACACAUUAGCUUCUCGUGACUGUACAGAAAUAAAGUUUGCAUAUAUUGUAGUAUAAGUGACAGACUGACACACUCCAUGCAUGUUGUGUUUUGUACAGUAGACCCCUUGCUUUUGAUUUUGAUUUUUGCCUCUGUACAUAUAAAUUCCAUGUCAGUGUUUAUGCAUCAGUGACUAAAGUGUAAUGGAUCAGAUUGAUGGGUUCCUUGUGAAGGAAUGUACUGAGAUGGUGAUUUGGUGAGGCCGGGUCCUAAAGGAGACUGUGCAGUAGGGGUUCUUACAUAGUGCAGUCACAUUUCCUAUAUAUAAAAUGACCAGCCUAAUCCCUCAAAUCACCAGCACUCGCUCCGCACGCAUCCUUCCUCUGUACCAAAUGUUUGUCAUACAAACACAGAAGAUAUAUUUUGGUGUGAGAAAUCUCAUUUGAUUGAUCUUCUCACUGGUUUGCUUGUUUGAUUGUGGCUGACUGAGCAUUGCCUGUAUAUACUGUAAAUUGUUGUUCUUAAAUAGAAAGGAUAUAAUGACAUAA